AUGUCGAGUUCAACCGUGCGCAACAUUGUCCGACGGAGCCCUCUCUUGAAACGACACGUCUCGUCAAAACCCACUCCAUCACCUCCAGAAUUCUCUCUUCCUCCUUCCAAACUACGAGCGCUCAUAUCACUCUAUCACCGAUCGGGACAAUUCAUAACUGCUGAGGGUCUGGACGAUGCCAUCGACAGGGCAUUCACCGUGAAGGACCAAAGAUAUAUUCACAAUUCACCGUUUGGCCUUGGAGAUCUGAAGUCUGAAGUUACGCGGCGACGGUCUGCUCCGAAAUUUGGCAGGGUGGUAGAUGCUUUCGUGUCGAAGGAAGGCAUGUAUGAGGAGAGAGAGAGACGGGUCGCAGCCGUAUUUGAGGCGCUAUAUGGGACACAGGAGGGAAGGAAGCCUGGGCUGGAAAUCUUGCAGGAGAGGUGGGGCCUGGUCGAUCAGGCGCUUUCAGACGCAGCGUCAGAGGGAAAGAGACAAUCAUAG